GCUCGACCCCUGGUGCUUUCGUCUCUGUCAACUCCAAACUUACCGUUUAUACACUUCAUUCCAGGCAAACAAAAAAUGUCAGACACCCGCCUCACCAAGGCCCUGUUCAAGUUCAAGGCCCUGAAGACGACUCAGAAUGCAGAGGAGCUGGCCCAGGUCGUGCGCAUUGGGUCGCUGUACUCGAAGCGGGUGCUCCAGGAUAUCUACAGGGAGGACACCAGCUUUGGCUGUCUGUAUGAGCGCAAUCCGCGGACGCUGUGGGAGGACAUGACGCUGUGCCAUUUCCGUGCCUCAGUUGCAUUCGAGAGCGGCAACUACAUCGAUGCAUACACACAGCACAAGCAGUCGUUUGACAAGUUCAAUGUGGCCUUCCAGCGAAUGACACGUUGGGCCGUGCCCACUCUGCUGGCCAUGUGCCAGGAUCUCUGCAUGCUGGCGCGGCGGGCGGACCAGCAGCUCGCAGCCCAGGGCAUGGCGGCAAGCAAGCUGGAGGACGCAACCCGUGCGAUAAACACCGGCCUGUCGUCCUGCAUGAUCGACCGCGAGCCCGACCCAAGCAAGUCGCGCAAGUGGGGCAUGUACCGCCUGGCAAACCUGCUGCUGGCGUCGUACUUCCACCUGAAGGCCUACAACAUGUGCACCAGCACCAUCAAGGCCAUCCAGGCCAGCGACACGCCGCCCCUGGAGAACUUUCCAAUGUCCGACCAGGUGUCUUUCCGCUACUACAAGGGCGUGCUGGCUUUCCGUGACGAGCGCUAUGGGCUGGCCAAGGACGACCUGAUGUUUGCGCUGCAGCACUGCCUCCGUGGGUCGCCCCGAAACAAAACCCGCAUUCUGACCUUCCUGGUCCCGAUCCAGAUGAUGGAAGGCAUUCUGCCUAGCCUGCGCCUGCUGCAAAAGUACCCGGCCAUCGGCGGCCUGUAUGGCGACCUGGCAACGGCUGUUCGCCGCGGUGAUCUGCGCGGAUUUGACCACGUAUUGCAUGCCAAGGAGCGGCGGCUGGUGUCGCUGGGCACAUUCAUGGCCGUUGAGAAGGUGAGGGACAUUGCGGUCCGCGGUCUGUUGCGCAAGGCAUAUCUAAUUGGCGGCAAGGCCCCACAUGUGCCGUUCAGCAAGUUCCAGGCGGCGUUUGCUGCCUGCGGUCUGAGCCUGGACAUGCCUGAGGUCGAGUGCAUGCUGGCUGACAUGAUCUUCAAGGGAUACGUCAAAGGAUACAUGUCACAAUCCCAUGCCACCGCUGUCCUGAGCAAGGUGCAGCCGUUCCCGCCGCUGGCAGUGGUGCACAAGCGGUGAGCCAGUCACAGAUCUGCCAUGUGAUCUCCAAAUCGAGUGGCUUGUUUCUGGGCGCAGCCAAAGCCUG